AUGAAAUUAACAAAAACGUUUCUUUCAUGCCAUGCCAUCACGAGAUAUAACGUAGAUGCUCAUGAAGCAAGUACUACUGCAUCUGAUAUACUUAUAACUUUUAUAAUGAUGAACGAAGAUGGGAAAUCUCAAUUGAAAGUUGAAGAACCUCGAUUAAAAUCCAACCAAUUAAUUGAUUUAUUUCACCUUUGA